AUGGCCGUUCGAGCAGUGCUGCUUUGCUCUGCGCUGGGCCUUCUGGGCCUCCGUGGCGCCUUCGUCGCGCCUCGCGGCGCUGCCCAGGAAAGUGCGUGGGAGCGCGAGGAGUCCACCCGGAGCCCGGAAUUCGCGGCCGUUGAGGCCUCGAUUGAGGGCGAGGCCCCUGCCUCCGCCCUGGACGGCCUGCUUCGCUUCGCUGCCGGUGCCCUGCUCGGCUUGGCAAUGGUGGGCAUCUCCGGCGCACCGGCCAAGGCGGAUGUGGAGGACGUGGUGAUCCCCGUGGAUGACAAGGGCAAGACCACCACCCUGACCAAGGAGCAGCUGGUGCGUGGCAAGCGUCUUUUCAAUGCCGCCUGCGCCUCCUGCCACGUCGGUGGUGGCACCCGCACAAACCAGAAUGUGGGCUUGGCCAUUGAGGAGUUGUCCGGUGCGCAGCCCAAUCGUGCCAGCGUCGAGGGGCUUGUGGAUUACCUGAACAACCCUACGACCUACGAUGGACUGAAAGACAUCUCCGAAGUUCACCCAUCCAUCAAGGGCGGUGACAUCUGGCCCAAGAUGCGGUCCAUGAAGCAGCAGGACCUGUAUGACAUGUCUGCCUACAUCCUCUACCAGAACCAGACCAUCCCAGAGAAGUGGGGAGGUGGCAAGACCUACUACUGA